UUGGCUGCUUCGUUUCCCCAACUACUACGAUUUACGCACACGCAGACAUCCUAUACUUUCUGUCCUCCUCUCUCUCCGGUCUACAAAAUUUUCCUCUUGGAGUAAGCCAAUAAUAUUCCACGCGUUACAGUUAGCUCUGCACUGAACUCGUUUCUUGAUUUAUCAUUAACAAUCCCUCGAUAAAGUACGCCAUUACAUUCAGCGAUUCAGCUUCAAUUCUACAACUGAGAAUACACAAUGCACGCAAAGACUGACUCAGAGGUAACAAGCCUCGCCACAUCAUCUCCCAAUAGAUCUCCACGCCGUCCUGUCUAUUACGUGCAAAGUCCAUCACGAGAUUCCCACGAUGGAGAGAAAACGACGACGUCCUUUCACUCUACGCCAGUCCUUAGCCCCGCUGGCUCACCCCCACAUUCACACUCAUCCGUGGGCCGCCACUCGCGUGAGUCCUCAUCGAGCCGGUUUUCUGGGUCAUUGAAGCCUGGAUCGCGCAAGAUCUCUCCUAAUGAUGGGUCCAGAGGCGGGCAGAGGAAGGGACAGAAGCAAUGGAAAGAGUGUGAUGUAAUUGAAGAAGAGGGACUUCUUGAAGAUGAAGAGCGCCGAAAGGGUCUUCCUCGUCGAUGCUAUUUUCUUGCAUUUGUUCUUGGCUUCUUUGUUUUGUUUUCUCUCUUCUCUUUGAUUCUAUGGGGUGCUAGUAAGCCCCAGAAACCCAAGAUUACAAUGAAGAGCAUAAAAUUUGAACAAUUAAAGGUUCAAGCUGGUUCAGAUUCUACUGGAGUGGCAACUGAUAUGAUCACCAUGAAUUCUACUGUAAAAUUAAUUUAUCGUAAUACUGGCACAUUCUUUGGAGUUCAUGUAACAUCAACUCCUCUAGAUCUAAGCUAUUCUCAGAUCACUGUAGCCUCAGGAUCGAUUAAGGAGUUCUAUCAAUCAAGGAAAAGUCAGAGAACAGUUACUGUCGUGGUGACGGGUAAUAAGAUUCCAUUAUAUGGAAGUGGAGCUGGCUUGAGCAGUUCAACAGGCACCACAACUUUACCAGUGGCUCUUGAUCUGAACUUCGUGGUCAGAUCAAGGGCUAACGUUUUGGGGAAAUUGGUUAAGACAAAAUUUUACAGGAAAAUACAGUGUUCUCUUACCUACGAUCCUAAAAAGAUCAAUGUUGCAAUUUCGCUCAAGAAUUCUUGCACAUAUGAUUGAUUACAGAGCACAAAUGCACAUUGGAGAGAAUUUUAAUUUUAUUUGUUGUUCCUUUUUGUUGAAUAGAAGCAAGUGAAGAUGAGUUACAGCUAAGCGGGCAGCUUUUGAGUUGUUUGGGCAGGGAGUGAGGGAAGUGGUUCGUACUUCGUAGACUUUUUGGCUGCCCAAAAGUGCCGGGAGGAUGUGAAAAUGGGAAUAUAAGUUGGCUGUGAGUGAUGAUCUCCCUCUUUUGUUUAUUUAUUUUUUAAUGUAAAAUUAAGAAAUGAUUUAUUUAUUUCUUGGUGGGUUAUGUAAUGUAAUUCAUUAUUUUGUCAAUGAUACCGAUACAAAUUUAUAAUGUAAAACUAUAUAUUUUAAGAUUUA